AUGCCAGCUGAGCUUAUGGUAUGGUACAGAAAUCGUGCAAGACACAGACUGUCAUUGGACUUAACUACCGAUGGGUAUACCUACUUUCAAAAAAGAAAUGAAGGCGAAAAUAGAUUUGUCCGACUGGCUGAGACCUAUGUCUUUAACAACAAAACCUGGACGGUUGUACAAAAGAGAUAUGACGGAUCUCAAUCAUUCAACAGGGACUGGAAUGAAUACAAGAACGGAUUUGGUGAUCCUUAUGGAGAAUAUUGGAUAGGUCUUGAAGCUAUGCAUCAGCUUAUUGCUAGAAGCCCUCACGCACUGUUGAUUAUUUUGGAGUCGUGGGCAGGGGUUAUGAAACACGCCCUGUACGACCAGUUCUACUUGGCCUCGAAAACGGACCAUUAUCGCCUCAAUGUUAGUGGAUACAGUGGAACCGCCGGAAAUUGCCUUGAGGAAAUGGGUCAUAAUUAUAUGGCGUUUUCAACAAAGGAUAAGGACAAUGAUCUUGCCGCCGGUUCUUGUGCUAACUCAUUUAAAUCUGGAUAUUGGUAUAGCCAGUGUAGCUCUUGUAACAUAAAUGGUCCUAUGAAGCCGGACACAGGAAGACAAGAUCGAUAUGCUGUUAUCUGGUUCACCUUUAGUAACAAGUUCAUGCCACUGAGAAAAAUAAAAAUGUUGAUAAGUAGAAUGCCAUAGAUUUAUGUUAUUAGCAAUGCUUAUGUGGAAUUUUAUUCAUUUUGAAAAUAUUUAUAUAUACAGUGUAUAUAUAAUCAUUCGUGUUCUACACACACCUGUCUGCCCUAAAUCUGGAAGAAGGAUUGACAAUACAAGUGGGAUAUUAGCAUCAGCACAGGAAAGAUGAUUUAUGACAUUUACUUUUCAUAAAAUGUGGUAUUGUACUGGAUAUAUUUUAACUAUAAUAUUGUGUAUAUGUCAAGGAAUAUGACAGUAUGGAACCUGGGAGACUGGUAUUUUGUUGUCUUGUUUAUAUCAACUAUUUAAUGAAUAAAAUUAU